CACCCGGGUGCCCGUGGAGUCCUGCAGUCAAUACGAGACCUGCAGCGAGUGCUUGGGCUCAGGAGACCCUCACUGUGGGUGGUGUGUGCUUCACAACACGUGCACAAGGAAGGAGCGGUGUGAGCGCUCCAGCGAGCCUCGGAGAUUCGCCUCGGAGAUGAAGCAGUGUGUCCGGCUGACUGUGCACCCCAACAACAUCUCUGUCUCCCAGUACAAUGUAUUGCUGGUCUUGGAGACCUACAAUGUCCCUGAGCUGUCAGCAGGAGUCAACUGCACCUUUGAGGACCUGUCAGAGAUGGAUGGUUUGGUAGUGGGAAGUCAGAUCCAGUGCAUCUCACCAGCUGCCAAAGAGGUACCACAGAUCAUCACAGAGAAUGGGGACCAUCACAUAGUCCAACUCCAGCUCAAGUCCAAGGAAACGGGUAUGACCUUUGCCAGCACCAGCUUCGUCUUCUACAACUGCAGUGUCCACAAUUCGUGUCUGUCAUGUGUGGAGAGCCCUUACCGGUGCCACUGGUGCAAGUACCGCCACGUCUGCACUCACGAUCCCAGCACCUGCUCCUUCCAGGAGGGACGAGUCAAGCUGCCUGAGGACUGCCCACAGCUGCUGCAGGCCGACAAGAUCCUGGUGCCAGUGGAAGUGAUCAAACCGAUCACGCUGAAAGCCAAAAACCUGCCCCAGCCACAGUCUGGCCAGCGAGGCUACGAAUGCAUCUUGAACAUCCAGGGCAAUGAGCAGCGGGUGCCCGCCUUGAGGUUCAACAGCUCCAGCGUGCAGUGCCAGAACACUUCGUAUUCAUACGAAGGAAUGGAGAUUAACAGCCUGCCGGUGGAGCUGACCGUUGUAUGGAACGGGAAUUUCAACAUUGACAACCCAGCACAGAACAAAGUUCAUCUGUACAAGUGUGGGGCCAUGCGGGACAGCUGUGGCCUGUGCCUGAAAGCCGACCCGGACUUCGAGUGUGGCUGGUGUGAGGGGCAGAACCAGUGCACGCUGAAGCAGCACUGCCCAGCCCAGGACAGCCAGUGGCUGGAGUUGUCCAGCACCAAAGGCAAAUGUACCAACCCCAAGAUCACAGAUAUCAACCCAGUGACAGGCCCUCGUGAAGGAGGGACUAAAGUUACCAUCCGUGGGGAGAACCUGGGGCUGGAAUUCAGAGACAUUGCAUCUCAUGUUAAAGUGGCUGGAGUGGAGUGCAAACCACUGGUGGAAGGGUACAUCCCAGCAGAGCAGAUAGUAUGUGAGAUGGGGGAGGCCAAGCCCAGCCAGCACGCUGGAUUUGUGGAGAUCUGUGUGGCUGAGUGCAAACCAGAGUUCAUGGCCAGGUCUUCACAGCUCUACUAUUUUAUGACUCUGACACUCUCUGAUCUCAAGCCGAAGCGGGGACCUGUAUCGGGUGGCACUCAGGUGACAAUUACGGGUAAUAACCUCAACGCAGGCAGCAACGUCAUCGUGACCUUUGGGCGACAACCUUGCCUCUUCUACAGGAGAUCCACCAAGCACAUUGUCUGUAACACCACAGCCUCAGAUGAAGGCUUUGAGAAAGUAAAGGUGUCUGUGAGAGUGGACAAGGCCAAAAUACAUCAGGAGCUGCAGUAUGAAUAUGUGGAGGAUCCAACCAUCCUGAGGAUUGAGCCUGAGUGGAGCAUCUUCAGUGGCAACACACCCAUUGCAGUGUGGGGAACUCACCUAGACCUGAUCCAGAACCCUCAGAUCCGGGCAAAGCAUGGUGGAAAGGAACAUGUCAAUAACUGUGAGGUGCAGAACAGCACAGAGAUGACCUGCCAGGCUCCUGCGCUGGCUGUUGACCCCAAUCACCAAUCUGAGCUAGCUGAGCGUCCAGAGGAGUUUGGCUUCAUUCUCGACAAUGUGCAAUCCUUGCUGAUCCUCAACAAAACCAAUUUCACCUACUAUCCAAACCCUAUCUUUGAGGUUUUCAAUCCCUCAGGGAUCUUGGAGUUGAAGCCAGGAAGUCCAAUCAUACUGAAGGGCAAGAACCUGAUCCCACCAGUGGCAGGAGGGAAUGCCAAGCUGAACUACACGGUUCUGGUUGGUGAGAAGCCCUGUGUGGUGACUGUAUCAGAUGUGCAACUAUUGUGUGAGUCCCCAAACCUCAUUGGGAGGCACAAGGUGAUGGCUCGUGUAGGAGGGAUGGAAUUCUCCCCAGGGAUGGUCUACAUCUCUCCAGACAGCCCUCUCAGCUUGCCAGCUAUUGUCAGCAUUGCAGUGGCAGGUGGUCUGCUCAUCAUCUUCAUCGUGGCCGUGCUGAUUGCCUACAAGCGCAAGUCCCGAGAGAGUGACUUGACCCUCAAACGCCUGCAGAUGCAGAUGGAUAACCUGGAGUCCAGGGUGGCGCUUGAGUGCAAAGAAGCUUUUGCAGAGCUGCAGACGGAUAUUCAUGAGCUGACAAGUGACCUGGAUGGAGCAGGGAUCCCUUUCCUCGAUUACCGAACCUACACCAUGAGGGUGCUUUUCCCUGGCAUUGAAGAUCACCCAGUCCUGAGAGAUCUGGAGGUCCCUGGCUAUAGGCAAGAACGGGUAGAGAAAGGCCUCAAGCUCUUUGCACAGCUCAUCAACAACAAGGUUUUCCUGCUAUCCUUCAUCCGCACACUGGAGUCCCAACGCAGCUUCUCCAUGCGCGAUCGUGGCAACGUGGCCUCACUGAUCAUGACAGUGUUACAGAGCAAGCUGGAGUAUGCUACUGAUGUCCUCAAGCAGCUGUUGGCUGACCUCAUAGACAAAAAUCUGGAGAGCAAGAACCACCCCAAACUGCUGCUCCGAAGGACAGAGUCUGUAGCUGAGAAAAUGCUCACCAAUUGGUUCACCUUUCUUCUGUACAAGUUUCUCAAGGAGUGUGCUGGUGAACCUCUGUUCUCGCUCUUCUGUGCCAUCAAGCAGCAGAUGGAAAAGGGUCCCAUUGACUCAAUCACUGGGGAGGCCCGGUACUCACUGAGUGAGGACAAGCUUAUCCGACAGCAAAUUGAUUACAAAACACUGGUCCUGAGCUGUGUGAACCCUGACAACGUGAACAGCUCCGAGAUCCCUGUGAAGAUCCUGAACUGUGACACCAUCACACAAGUCAAGGAGAAGAUCCUGGAUGCCAUCUUCAAGAACGUGCCCUGUUCCCACCGGCCCAAAGCUGCUGAUAUGGACCUGGAGUGGCGGCAGGCAAGUGGAGCAAGGAUGAUCCUCCAGGAUGAAGACAUCACAACCAAGAUAGAGAAUGACUGGAAGAGACUCAACACGCUGGCACACUAUCAGGUGCCAGAUGGAUCUGUGGUAGCUUUAGUCUCCAAGCAAGUCACUGCCUACAAUGCAGUCAACAACUCCACAGUCUCCCGAACCUCAGCCAGUAAAUAUGAAAACAUGAUCCGUUACACAGGCAGCCCAGACAGCCUCCGCUCCCGCACACCCAUGAUCACUCCUGACCUUGAGAGUGGAGUCAAGAUGUGGCACUUGGUGAAGAAUCACGAACAUGGUGACCAAAAAGAAGGUGACCGGGGCAGCAAGAUGGUUUCUGAGAUCUACCUGACAAGGCUACUCGCCACCAAGGGAACUCUCCAGAAAUUUGUAGAUGACCUCUUUGAGACCAUCUUCAGCACAGCUCAUCGUGGCAGUGCACUUCCCCUGGCUAUCAAAUAUAUGUUUGACUUCCUGGAUGAACAAGCUGACAAGCACAACAUCCAUGACCCCCAUGUGCGGCAUACUUGGAAGAGCAAUUGCCUGCCAUUACGGUUCUGGGUUAACAUGAUCAAGAACCCACAGUUUGUCUUCGACAUUCACAAGAAUAGCAUCACAGAUGCCUGCCUCUCUGUAGUGGCUCAGACAUUCAUGGACUCCUGUUCAACCUCAGAGCAUCGUCUGGGCAAAGACUCACCCUCCAAUAAGCUUCUGUAUGCCAAGGACAUCCCCAGCUACAAGAACUGGGUAGAAAGGUACUAUUCGGACAUUGCCAAAAUGCCAGCAAUCAGUGACCAGGACAUGAAUGCAUACUUGGCUGAGCAGUCUCGCAUGCAUAUGAAUGAGUUCAACACUAUGAGUGCACUCUCGGAAAUAUACUCCUACGUUGGCAAGUACAGUGAGGAGAUUCUCGGAGCCCUUGAUCAAGAUGACCAAGCUGGGAAACAGAAACUUGCCUACAAACUUGAACAAGUCAUAACCCUCAUGAGCAUAGACAGCUGAGAACUGUCCUGCCAGGGACACCCUGGGAGGGAUAAACCAAGUCGUGCCUCACUCAAGAUCAUCAUCUUUACCAAGUGCAAGUUUUGAUUGGCUGUAAGCAGAGUCACCUGAACAGCACUCCUCUCUCUCUCUCAUUUCUUUCUCUUUCAAAAUCUGUGGACAAAGUGAGAAAUCCCCAGGGGUUACAAGAAAAGAUUGCAGAGGAAUCUUAGCUCUGGGGAUAUCAAGACAUUUAGGUGAAGCUCUCAUUUUCACAGCUUCCCUUCUGCCUUUAUUCUACAAGAGAAAAAAAAAGAACAAUUCCACAGAAACAAAGCAAGACAAAACAAAACCCUCCCCCAGCAUCGCAUCAUCACUCUGCAGAUGGGAAAUCGAGAGGUCACCUCUGUCAUGCUGCUUUAACUGCCCUCCUGGGGAUGUAGCCUCCGGAGUGGACAUAGAAAUGAACUCAGUAUUACUAAAUGUCUCCCCAACCGGAAGGCAGCUUGCCUGCAGGGAUCCUGAAGGGUAGGAGGAAGUCAAGAUCCUCUCCUGCAGAGCCAUUGCAACUCUAUCUCUUGAUAGGGACCCACUGGGAGAGGAACACCAAGGCUCCCCGCAAAAUGCCACAGCUCCGCCAGAGUGGGAACACUGUGGCUCUUAUCUGCCUGGGCAAACAGCGGUGUAGUUGCUCUCUUGGGGCAGUAGAAGGGUCAAGAAGGGAGGAUGGAGACUAACAGUCUCCUGCCCGUGUGAUUCAUAUGGUUAUUCUUAUUUUUCAAAGAGACAUGUGUUCCCCUCCGUCUUUCCCAUUGUGUCCUGUUGGUCGUAGCACUGCUGCAAAAAUGCUCUCUCUUCUCAGUGGCAUCCCGUUGGUGGUGUUUCUGUUCCUUCUGGCAAUGGACAGCACAGCAUCUCCUUUGCCCCACCUCAGCUUGGAAAGCAGGAAUCACAAGUCUCGCUUUGUUCCAGACAAGGAGCAUGGCCUCAAAAAAACCAACCAGAGGGUUUUUUUUUUAAGCUGUUUGUUCUUUUCAUUUUUAUUUCCACAACUGAAACAAAGCUAUUGUUGUUUUUUUUUUUGGUGGAAUAUAAGAAGGAUAUUAAAGGGCUUGCUGUGAAGCAAGGUAGUGCAUAGGACUGAUGGUAGAAGCCUUCCUUCAAAGUCACUCUGAAGAGGAAAUAUCAUCAUAUACUUUGGAAGGAAAUCUUGGAAGAAGCCCAAACGAAACACUGCAAAAUUUUCUUCCAUCUAGAUACUCCAAGUCAAACUGCAUGUUUUCUGGAGAUGCGCAAACUAUUGUAAGCUCAUUUGCCUUUUGGUGCCAACUCCUGGCCCUUGCUCUUUUACAUUCUGGAACCAGCAGUCCUUGUUGAAGGCACAGUUGCUGACUGUGACGUGUUUGCUCUCUCUUUGCACUUCCUAUCCUUUCACAGAUCAUUGUCAUCACAGGACAAGGAUGGGUGAUCACCUUGUUCUUUCCUCUGUUCGGCUCCUCCAGAAGAUCUACAUCUCAAUCUAUUUCAAUGCCAACCAAAUAGGAAUGAGCUCCUGCAUCCCUUCUGCAUUUGGCCAGUUUCUCCUGCAGCUGCUGGCCUGUUUAACGCUGUGGUUCAUUGCAGUGGAAGAACCAUUGCUGCAGAGCCUUGAGGGAACUGGAAAACCUUGGAUCUGGUAUACCACAGAGGCAGAAGCCAGGUCUGUGUUGAUCUCGCCUGAAUGGUGCUCAAUAACAAGUGGAGGAUUGGCAUCGUGUAAUGAAGAAUCAGUCCUCAUCCAUCUUUCACUAUCCUCCAAGCUACAGCCUUGGUUUACUUUGCAUCUGGGUAGAUGAAGGGGUAAAGACAGGGUGUGUAAAUUGAUUAUGGAACAAGUGUAUUUGGUUUUGUUCAUGCUUCUUGCUAGCAAGCCUGAACCUCUUCAGAGCAAUGGCUCAUAAGUGUGUGUGAAGGAGGAAGUGGUGCAGGCAGGGGUCAGAUAGCAAGCAGAUUCCAUUCAGCCAAACAUACACAUGUAAGAAAGUGUUUCUCAAACCAUUUAAAGAACAGCAGUCCAAAACUGGGUGCAUGUAUGGGGGGAGAAUAUCACAAGAUUCAUACUGAAACAGCAAACUUAGGGACACGUCUUGGUUUUAAAACCCCAGACAUUUCUCUUUAUUAUAAUUAUUAUUAUUUUGUGUGUGUGCGUGUGUGUAUCUGUGUGCGUGUGUGCGUUAUUUCCUUUUUAAUUUUGCUUGCUUUCUGUUUGAUCGCUGAGCUGAUGGACUCAUCAUGCACCUUAUGGACAUCUCAGCAUUUUUAAGAGGCCUGCGCAAUGGGGAUGAUUUGGUUUGGUUGGCUCUGCCAUGGUUUUGUUGAUCCAUUUUGUAAUGCUGGGGCAUGUUCCAGAUACAUUGAUUAUGGCUGUGAAAGUGGGGGUAGAUGUCCCACCAGAGCCAGCAGUAAGAAAACUGCAACAACAACACAAACACAAUAUUUUUUAUAAGUACAUAAAAAGGAAAAUUAAAAAAAAAAAAAAAAAAAAAAAAAAAAGGAAGAAACCAAAGGUUUUGACAAACAAAGUGCCACGAAAGAUAAAUAUGGACCCUAUUGUCAUGCCUUGUACUCACAGCUGGAAGGUAGGAGUCUAAGGACAAAUAGCUGGCUUGGAGGGAAUUGGUUAUGAGUGAUGGGCUAUACUGCCUGGACAUGUGCAUACAAAAGGAAAAAGAAGCUGUUAAAAAAGAAAGAAAAAAAGAAAGAAAGAAAGAACGAAAAAAAAACAAAUAAUCAAAGUGAACUGGCAUAAUCCUGCACUGUUACUGAAGUCAGAGGAACACCACAGGAGAAAUCUGAGACUCACCUUGCUUCUUUUUGAUGUUUUCAGGGCUGUGUUUUUGUUUUAUUAUGGUUGUUUUCCACUGUUGCUGGUUUAUUUCUUCUUGCUGGUACAGAGUUUUUCAGCUGUAAAAAAAAUAUACGUAUAUUUCAAGAAAAACUUGAACACCUCAGAGACACUGAGAAUGAUACGCUUACGGGAAAUGGGAAGCACCAUGAGAUUGGUAUCUUGAUCCCUCCCGAGUUCCCAUUUAGGCAUUUCCUUUUUCUCUCAACUCUCUUCUCUCUCCUACCCCAGGAUUUGAAAGAAGAUUUUGUAUUUCAAUUCUUUCAUCUCCUCCUCCUUUUCGUUUUACUUCUUCAUUUUCUUCUUUAACUUUGGUGCUUAAGAUGGUUUUGGUUUUCACUUGGAAAAAUGGUCCAGAAUUGUGGUGUAAAUGUGUGGGCUUUGUCCUCUGUCCCAUUUGCUGUCCUCCUCCUUUCCAUCCACUGUUCCAGCAUCUACCACAGUCUACGAGAGGUCUCGGCAUCUUUCUUCCCACCCUCACCUGUUUGAGCUAAUUAUUUUUCUAAAUGCAUGUGAAAUACAAUUAAAAACAAAGACACAAGCAGAAGAAUGAGCCCUACUAUGACAUGGAUGGGUUCUUUUCCUCUUCCUUUACCUUGUUACCCCCCAACUCCUCACUUUACCACAACCUUGACCAAAAGUGUGCCAUGUGAGUUGUAUUUCACACUGGUUUUCAAGCCUCACAGUAAGAACAGGAGACAAAACUCCCAGAAGUUGACAGGUUACUGUUGUACAGAUAACUGAUUGAUGUUUCCAUUUUUUCUCAAACACUGCAAUCAACACAAUGAAUAUUGGCACUUUCAGUACCAUCAGUAAUAUGGAAAGAGAAUGUGAGUGAAGACUCCUUGUGGUCCGUCUUGAAGAGCAGAGUUUUUUCCAUUGCAGAGUUUGCUUUGAGAAUUGGUGUCUAGGGGUGAGGAACCAUUCUGCAACAUACAGUAUCCUCUUUGUAAGUGCAUUCACCUAUCAAUGUCACAGUGAGCUGAGGCACAAUCCAUCAUGUCACGUCCUUUUGCAGCUUGAGCCAUCAAACUGGAGUUGUGGGAAGAGUUAUCUAGAAGAAGGUGUUAGAGAUUGGUAGCUCUUGAACAAACAGCAUGUGAGAACUAGGAAAAAGGAGAAAUGUAGACUCUCAAGGGCAUCUUCAUCUCCUAACACACAUCAAUCCUUCUCUUCCCACACUUCACUCUGUCCUGAAUAUAUUUGAAGAUUUGGUCCAUUCUGGCAUACACCAGCCUUGCUCCAUUGGGCUUAAGCCAAUUUUCAACAUCUUAACCCCUGCAGUUGUCUUGCCAUACCUCUCAACACUAGAGAACAUAAAAAGUAGUUUCAACAUGAAGAGGAUUUACUAGCAGAAUUCAGAUUGGUAUUUGUUUUAAUUGAAAUGUGCUUACUGAAAGUUUUAGAUCUUGUGCAUUACAGGGAAAAAGACAGGAUAAUAUUAUUGUUUUUAUUAUUUAUAAUUAUGCUAUUGAAAACUGAUAGAUAAAGUUAUAGAAAUCCACGGUCACUCCUACUGUUGAGUAAAUCAACCUAAAUAGUACAGAGAAUCAUAGAAUUAUAGAAUGGUUUGGGUUGAAAGGGACCUUUCAGAUCAUCUAGUUCCAACCCCCCCUGCU